UGUUACGUCCCCACGCAGCGCCAAACUGUCAGUUGAGAUGUCAGUUGAGGCUGUUAGCAGCCAAAGUCCGCAGUUUGCUCGUUUCUGCGCAAACCUGAGUGGAUGAGCGGCGACAGGAGCGACAGAACAGCGACUCAUUGAACCAAAGACAUCGAAGAGGAGACGACAGAAACCGACAGACAUGGGAGGCCUGAUAUCCAGAUGGAGGACGAAGCCGACGACAGUGGAGCAGCUGGAGAACCUGGACAAGGAAAUCAAAGAGCUGGAGGAGUUCAGAGCCAAAAACCAGCGUCUGCAGAAGCUGUGGGUCGGCCGGCUGCUUCUCUACUCAUCUGUUCUCUACCUGCUGACGUCUCUGGUCGUCUACUGCCUUUACCUGCCUGAAGAGUGGCUGCAGAGGAUCGCCAUGGCCCUGCCUUUCUUCAUCUACCCCGUCCUCGUUUGGCUCAUCAGGAAGUUGUUGAUUUUCCUCUUUUCCAAACGCACCGAGAGAAACAAUGAUAAACUGGAAGACCUGAAGGUUGCCAAAAAGAAGAUUCUGGAGGAGGUGAUGGAAACAGAGACAUACAAAAACGCCAAACUCAUCCUGGAACGCUUCGAUCCUGAAGCCAAGAAGAAAGCUGAGCUGGAGUCGACUCCGGUGCGAUCUCAGAUGACUCCCAGACCAGGACAAGAACUUCGACAGAGGGGAGUCCCGAUGAGGCCGAUGCCGAUCGAAACGCCGGCCACGAUGGGAAUGACGCCACCACCUGGAGCCCGACCGAUGAUGGGCCCAGGAGGGACACCUGUGGAACCUGUUCCUCUCUCAGCUCCAGGAGGACCGCCGGAGAGAUCCGCUCUGUCGGCCUCCGUCCUGCAGGGGGCAGCACCCAGGACGCCCUGCUCCCCCAUACCUGGUGUAGGUCUACAUCUUCCAGGUCCUCCGCUAGCCAGACCCAUCCUCCCCAAAGACAGAGGAGCUGUGGACAGAGUCAUCGAGUACCUGGUGGGGGACGGACCACAGAACAGAUAUGCUCUGAUCUGCCAGCAGUGUUUUUCUCAUAACGGCAUGGCGCUGAAAGAAGAGUUUGAAUAUCUCGCCUUUCGUUGUGCUUAUUGCUACUUCAUGAAUCCGGCCAGAAAGACUCGCCCUCAGGCCCCCAGACUUCCAGAAUUCAGCUAUGAGAGGAGGCUGAGGGCCGAAUCCCGCUCCCCAGGACCGUCACCUCGAUCUGGGAUGGACACGGAGGAGAGUACGCCCCCCUCUGGAGCCAAAGCUCCGGCUCCGUGGAAUCUGGUCCACAGUUUCUCCAGUUUCAGGAUCCAGCAGAGUCCAAAGAACCCUCAGAACCGACCUCUGCCAAGUCCAGAUGGGAAAGAGAUCGGAGAUGACAAGGGACCCGUGAAGGAGGCAGAGAGCCAAUCAGAGGAGCCGACACAGCAGCAGGAAGAGGAGGAGGAAGAGGAGGUUCAGGAGGAGGAAGAGGAGGGUCAGGAGGAGGUCCAGCAGGAGACGGAGCAGAUCCACAGCGACUCCUGUGAACCUGAAUCUCAGCCAUCGUAGCUUCAGAGAUGAAGGAUGGACGAGUUGGAGCAGAAGGUGUUGGUCAGAGGAGGCGUUUAGAGGAAACACUGAUGGAUUAGUUUGAGUUAAAGGUGGAGAAAGACUGGAGUUUAUUUAUUCAGGAUGUCCACAUCCAAUCAGAAAGUUUAUUCUGAGCAUCUCAUCAAAUACAGACGCUGUUCAAAGUGGUUUAUAGAUAAGUUGAAAGUGAAAUAAGAUAAAACAUAGAAUAAAGUUUAAUUAUUUCUGUUCAUCGCAGGCAACGUGAAUAAAAUAAACACAGAACUGAUUGAUUAAAACAGCUAAAACAAAACAGAACAACAAAAAUGACACACAAAACAACGAAUAAGGCGAAACACAAAAUGACAAAAGUAAGACAGAAAACACAAGCGAGACAAAAAGGAAACACAAAAUGACAAAAACAUAAGACAAACAACAAGUCAGACAAAAAAGACAACAACAAAAACGACAAAAUAUUACAAAAAUGAGGCACAAAAUGACAACAGCGAGAAGCAAAAUUUAAAAAUUAGACAAAUGACACAAAACAAAACAAAAGAAAAAAAUUAAACAAAUUACAAAGCGACAAAAAAUGGGACAAACAACAUGAAACAAAACAGACUAAAAAUUAGAUAAAAGAAAUUACAAAAUGACGAAAGCAUGAGACAGACAACAAAAGUCAGACAAAACAACAAAAACAAGACAAAAUAUUACAAAAAUGAGACGUAAAACAAAAAAUGAGACAAAUGACACGAAACAAAACAAAAGCAACAGAAAUUAGACAAAGUUACAAAGCGACAAAAACAAGAUAAAAAAUUACAUAAAUGACACAAAUGAGACAUAAAGGAAACAAAACGACAAAAACGAGAAACAAAUUGACAAAAACAUGAGAAAAAUUGUUACAAAAAUGUGACACAAAAGACAACAGAACAGGCAGAAAAUUAGACAAAAAAGUUGUGACAAAAAAAAAUUGACAAAAAUGACAAGGCAAAACAUGAAAUAAAGUUUGUUUAAAUACAGUGCAGGCAAGUUGAAUAAAAUGAACACGGAACUCAUUGAUUAAAACAGAUAUAAAAUGACACAAUAUCAUGUCAUAGAAAAUCAUAUCAGAUGUAAGUUAAAUACUUAAACCAGAUCCUUUAUUAAUAUCUGCUGUCACACACGAGUCAUAAACAGAGAGUUUAAAGCUGCAUCACCAUUAUUGAUCUCAUUUAAACUGAAAAUCAGCCACUUGUAAGAUCUACAAUACCAGUAUUAUGGGAUGCAGCAGUAACAGAGCUGCAUCUAAUAUUACUGGUAGUAAAAACUCAGGAGAGACGGCGACAAGGUCAAGAGUCAUCUGAGUCAUUUGAUAUUUAGCAUCUGCUCAUACCGAGUCCCAAUCUGGUGCCAUUUUCCUCAUAAUACGCACUUCGGCUACUUUAAAGUCUUUAAAUCCAGGUUAUCUGCUUGACAACUAAAUAUCUCUACGACGUUUGAAGAAAGAACAACUGAACUUCUGCCUCCAGUUGGUUCCUCAAUGUUCUGUAGCUGGAACCUUGUGGGAAAGCUCCAGUAGAAUACUGUCUAAAUGUAGCAUUAGAGGGUAAAUGUAGUAUUAGAGGGUAAAUGUAGUAUUAGAGGGUAAAUGUAGUAUUAGAGGGUAAAUGUAGUGUCAGAGGCUAAAUGUAGUGUCAGAGGCUAAAUGUAGUGUCAGAGGGUAAAUGUAGUAUUAGAGGGUAAAUGUAGUAUCGGAGGGUAAAUGUAGUGUUGGAGGGUAAAGGUAGUGUCAGAGGCUAAAUGUAGUGUCAGAGGGUAAAUGUAGUAUUAGAGGGUAAAUGUAGUAUAAGAGGGUAAAAGUAGUGUCAGAGGGUAAAUGUAGUGUCAGAGGGUAAAUGUAGUAUAAGAGGGUAAAUGUAGUAUAAGAGGGUAAAUGUAGUGUCAGAGGGUAAAUGUAGUGUCAGAGGGUAAAUGUAGUGUUAGAGGGUAAAUGUAGUGUCAGAGGCUAAAUGUAGUGUCAGUGGGUAAAUGUAGUAUUAGAGGGUAAAUGUAGUGUCAGAGGCUAAAUGUAGUGUCAGAGGGUAAAUGUAGUGUCAGAGGGUAAAUGUAGUAUUAGAGGGUAAAUGUAGUAUCAGAGGGUAAAUGUAGUGUUAGAGGGUAAAUGUAGUGUCAGAGGCUAAAUGUAGUGUCAGAGGGUAAAUGUAGUAUUAGAGGGUAAAUGUAGUAUAAGAGGGUAAAUGUAGUGUCAGAGGGUAAAUGUAGUGUCAGAGGGUAAAUGUAGUAUUAGAGGGUAAAUGUAGUAUAAGAGGGUAAAUGUAGUGUCAGAGGGUAAAUGUAGUGUCAGAGGGUAAAUGUAGUGUCAGAGGGUAAAUGUAGUGUUAGAGGGUAAAUGUAGUGUUAGAGGGUAAAUGUAGUAUUAGAGGGUAAAUGUAGUAUAAGAGGGUAAAUGUAGUAUUAGACGGUAGGAUGUACUGAGGCUCCAGCAGAUGUAGAAAACCUGUUUUCUCUCAAUGAUGUCAGUAAAUGUAGAUCAGCUGUAGUUCCUGGUUGUUCCACCAGGUGGAGCCUCUUCCUGUUUAAUGCUGUAGAGACCAGAGGAGGCGUCACUCAGACCACAGUUCAUGUUAAAGCAGAGAGCAUUGUGGGAGUUUAGCAGCAACCGGCACCACGACAAAGACUUCUAUGGUGGUUAAUGACCUCCAACCAUAGCUUGCAUGUUAAAGACCAACUGGACUCGGAGAGAUUUCUUAUGGUAACAGAUUCCAUCUGUUAAGCCAAAGUCAUGUGUCUGUUUCCCAAAACAAUAUCAUCACUGGGCUAACUUCUACUGUUGUGAAAUUCAAGAGCGUUCUGGGAGUUUAGCUAGCAACGGGGCACCAUGACAAACAGUUCUGUGGAGGUUAAUGACCUCCAACCAGAGCUCACGUGUUUAAAAUGAACUGGGUUCAAUAAUGAUUUGAGUCCUUAUAUCCAAAUUGCGUCUUUUUAGCCAAAAUCAUGUGUCUCAUUAAUGAAACAACAUCAUCACAGGGCUAAUGCCUGCCGUUCUAAAUUCAAGAGCAUUAUGAAGGUUUAGCUAGCAGCGGGCACCAUGACAAAGACUUGUGAGGAGAUUAAUAACCUCCAACCAGAGCUCAGGUGUUAAAUGCAAACUGGGACCAACUUGGUGAGAGUUCUUACAGCCAAAUUGCUUAUAUUAAGGCAAGAUCAUGUGUGUAUUUACUGAAACAUCGAUGUCAUUGCAGGGCUAAUGUCUGCUGUACUAAAUUCAAGAGCAUUGUGGGAGUUUAGCUAGCAAUGGGCACCAUGACAAAGACUUCUGAGGUGGUUAAUGACCUCCAACCGGAGCUAGUAUGAUUUAGACAAACUGGGAUCAACCAGGACUAAGUUCUCAUAUCACAGUGACAGAUGGAACAGAUUUAGGCAGAGUUAGCAUUGUGGGGGUUUAGCUAGCAAUGGGCACCAUGACAAAGACUUCUGAAAGUGGUUAAUGACCUCCAUACAGGCGCCUGUGUGACAGCAGACAUAAAUAAAAGAUCAGAUCAGUUAAAAACGCCUCAAACAUCCUUAAAUCCAACAUAACUCUCGUUUAAUCCUGAACUCAUCGGUCGGUUUUCUCUAAAAUGCUUCCAGCAGUGUGAAGGUUUUGGAUGUUUGAGUCUGGCUGGACGUUCACAUUGCUCUUAUACUUGAGAUUUAAAGGAACUUUUAAUGUAGCUCUUUGAUUUGUUAAUAAGAUUUAUUUUUUAGAUUCACACGAGGUUCAUCCUGGAAUCUGAACCUGAUGUUUUACAGAAACUCCAACAAGAAUGGAGAUCAGGUUGGACCAGCGUCAGCGCUGGUCCAACCUUAUCUCCAUUCAUGUUGGAGUUUCUGUUUCCUAAAUCAUAGCAGAACCAGUGUGAGAACUUAGACAUAACACUUUGUACUGACGUUAUCAAUGAAUAAUAUCAGAUCAGCUGGAAAUAAGGACAGAAAUCUGUUAUUAGAAUAGUUCUGAAUGUGUAGCACAAACUAAUCGCUUUAUUUUGAAAAAUGAACUAAACACAGAAUCUGACGACAUCUUUAGAGCGUUUUUAAGAGUUCGUCACAGUGAGAAAAAGCUUCCAAACACAGAAACGCUGCAGAUUCAACAGCAAACAGCUCAUAUUUACAUUGAAAAGCUUCUCUGUCUCUUCCUAAUCUCUGCAGAGUUUCUGUGUUUCGUUCUCCUUUCUCACUUUGCAGUGUUUUCCUGGAAACAGAAUGUGGAUUCAUGAGGUUUAGAAAAUGAGUUUUACAGACAUGAAUGUGGGGAAAGUGAUGAUUUAGAUGAAUUAAUUGGUUUUAUUAAGAUAUGAGAGGUAGCAUCUGCCAAAUGUAGUUUAAUAUUAGUUAUAGGAACUGAAGAAACUGAACCCAGAAGAAGCUGAAACUGCCGUUUCUCCGCCUGGUCGUUGCCAAUCGUCGUUCUCAGCAGAUCUUCAUUUGCCAAAUGCUUUUUGUUUGAUCCGUAUUUCCUGACUUCAUUCAUUUGCACUGACUUUUACUGUGUUUUUUUUAUUUAUUUGGCCUUGUGUUUUAUUUAGUGCUGCUGGUUGGAACAUUUAGACGUGAAGUCGGGUCUGAAGGUUUAGUUUGGGGUUCUGUAGCCUUUGUUAGCAUCGGUUCACAGAUUUAAAAGUUUUCUGCAAGAUUCUUAGAUUUAUUUUGUAUGUUUGCUGUCGGUGCCACCAGAGUUUGUGCCUCAGUUUACUGCUGGAAUAUUUAUCAGUUUACACAUCUUAUUUAUAGGUUUAUAGUCUGUUUGUCAGCACUAACAUGUAGUGUUAAUGAUUAAGAAAUAGCGUCUAUGCAAAUGUAAAUAUGUGGUCGCCUGAGUUCUAGAGGUCUGAGGGCUGAACUACGGAGCUGAAUUAAUAAAUCCAAACUUUCUUUGAGUUAGUUGGAUCAACAAAACCUAAAAGUCAGAAAUGAAGAGCAAAACUUUAUUUGUUCAGCAGGUUUCCUUCUUUGGGAACAGGUUGUUCUAAUGGAGAUGCAUGAAGAAUAAUUCUUUUUUAAUGGUAAAAAUCAGGACUGAUGCUGCGAAUGUUGCCAGAGAUUAAUGCUGUAAGUUAAUAAAGUGACUCUCAGCUGCACAUUGAAGCUCAGAAUCUUUAAACUUCUUCAUUUAAACUGUUUGAUACUGUCCCAGAGGAAGGAGACGAGGAAAUCAAUUUAGUUGCUGAACAAAUCCAGGCGAAAUCAAUGUUUCUGAUUGAUAAAUACCAACACUGAUCAGUUGUCUGAUCUGUGUUCAAAUCAGGACCAGACAGAAAAACAUUUGUGUUUAAAAUCUCAGAUUAUGAACAGAACCUCGUCUGGAGCAGGUUGGCUCCACAGCAUCAGUUACCAUGGUGAUCUGGCUCCACAGCAUCAGUUACCAUGAAGAUCUGGCUCCACAGCAUCAGUUACCAUGACGAUCUAGCUGUACAGCAUCAGUUACCAUGGAGAUGUAGCUGGUUUAUGACAUUGAAACUCUGACUUUAGCCUCAUCUAACCUGCUAACUCGGUGUUCCUGCUUCGUAGCUCUGCCCUCUGAUUCCAGAAACAGAUCCAGGAUAAAGCGGGAGAAAUAAUCAGGUGAAGUUUACAGACGACACAUUAAAUCCUGUUUAGUGUGAAUAGAUUUAGAUUCUAACUCUGAUCCUGUGAGAGAGUCUGAUUUGUUUUUGAUGCCUAAAAGCGACUCAAUCAUCUGACAGAAGUCUGAAGAAGUCGAAGCUGCACUGACCGUUGUUGGAGAAACGCUGCCUGCUCGGGUUUACUGACUACAAUAUCGACAAGCUGUUUAUCCCCUAUAGUAAACGCUGGUGAUGAAAAUCAAACCAGAAUUUAAUAUUUAAAGGAUCCUCACUGAGUCGUCACUAAUGGAAAACCUGUCCUCUUUGUUUGCUUUGCUUGAUUUAUCUGCUGCAUUCCAGCCGAUGCUGUUUGUCAUGAAAUGUGUGCAUGGCACGCCCAAUAAAGUUUUUUAAAGUCUG